AUGACAACACUAGCAGGGGAUGGAGUUGCAGCAAGUAACCCUGACUUUAUUACACCUGUUCAAUUGAACGAUCCAAAGAAAAUAUUUCUUUAUGGUGGCAAUUUGUACUAUGCAGAAUAUGAAAAGAUUAGAAAUAUGCAUAAUAUGCAACCAACAAGCAUUGAAACCAUAGCUGGAAACACAUACGGAUCUACUAUUGGAGUUUCUGCUCUAAGCUCACAAGUUAAGGAGCCUCAAGGUCUUUAUUUCUAUUCGGACAAUAAGUAUUUAAUAGCGGAUACUGGAAAUCAUCGUAUUUUAAAAGUAGAAAAUAGUGUAGUUAGUUUUAUUGCUGGAAGUAGUUCUCAAGGAUACUCAACAGGUUAUGCCAUAGGUUCUCAACUUUCAUCACCAAAUGGUGUUGUAGCUUUGGGAUCUUCAGUAGUAUUUACAGAUACUGGAAAUCAUUGUAUUAGAAAGAUUAACACAGAUGGAACUUUAACUACCAUUGCAGGAGUUUGCACUACUUCAGGUUAUAACUCAGAUCAAGCAGAUGCCACCAAUGCUUGGCUCUCAUCACCAAGUGGAAUAGUUGAAGUAAAUGGUGAUUUAUACUUUACGGAUUCAAUGAACGGAAUUAUUAGAAAGUUGGAAGCUUAUUGUGAUACUGGAUAUGUAUCAUAUGAUAAUUACCAAUGCACAUUAGCGACGGUUGUGCCUCAAUGUUUUGGAAUUAGUGCUUCAGACUCUUCAGUUUGUUCAGGAAGAGGAUCUUGCACAAGUUACAACAAUUGUGUCUGUAAUUCUACAUAUUAUGGAUCUCAAUGUAGUUAUGAUUAUUCUUGUGGUGGAUUGAGUCCAGAUUCAUCAACAGCAUGUAACGGAAAAGGUGUUUGCCAGUCACAAGAUAAGUGCCAAUGUAUUUCUGGUAUUGUUGGUAAUUUGUGUAAUCUUGAGGCCAAUUGUUUUGGAAUCUAUUCAUAUACAAGCACGGUUUGCAGUGCAAAUGGAAAUUGUAUUGGCACUAAUGUAUGCUCAUGUAAUAAGGGAUAUUAUGGAUCUCAAUGCUCGUAUAAUUAUGCAUGUAAUGGAAUAGCUCCAGAUUCAUCAAACGUUUGUAAUAGUCGUGGUUCAUGUAAUUCGAAUGGUACAUGUUCAUGUGUAUCUGGUUAUCAGGGAUCAUACUGUGAAUCAGCACAGUCAACACAUGUAGUGAGUUCUGACACUGGCAUUUGGAUUGGAAUUGGGCUGGCUAUUGGAGUUUCUGUUCUUUUUCUUGUUGUGAUAUCCGUUGGGUUGUUAAUUAUUGUCAUUACCUUGCGAUUAAGAAAAAAGAAACAUAAUGAAGCAAGAAGAAUAGAUCAACUUAGAAAAGAUAAUGAUGAGCAAGCUAGAAUUCAAUCUAACAAGGAAAAGCCACAAGAGAUGAUUAACCUUACUAUCACUACCAAUAGUAAUUCAUCAGGUGUUAAUGCUAUAGCUAAUACCAGUACUAAUCAACCAUCAUCUUCAUCUACUAAUACUCAGAUACAACCAUCUUCAACAAUGGGAUCAUACACAAGCUAUCUUAAUAGUAACAGUAAUCAAAACACAGAAUUAUCCUAUGCCAUUUUGAAUCAGGGUGAGGACAACUCUUUUAGACCUCCUCCAACCAUUAUUAAACAAGCAAGUAAGACGAAUGAUGGUAUGGAUAUAUUCUCAUCAAAGGAUCACACCUAUAAGAUAAUUAAGGUUUUGGGACGAGGAGGAUUUGGAACGUGUUAUUUGUGUGCAGAUGUUGAAUCGAAUGAUUUGAUUGCUGUUAAGGCAAUCCCAACAAACUUGAACGACUUUUCAUCUAUUUUCAGUGAAUUCUCCAAAUGUUUGGCAUUCCAACAUCCAAACUUGGUCAGGUCAUAUGAAUAUUUACAAGGAAAUGGAAUGAUGUGUCUUGCAAUGAAAUUCUACAAGUGUGGAGAUUUGGAGCAUAUUUUCAGAAAUGUUGCCAAGAGAAAGCCACCAUCUGAUGAAUUAUUAAUUUCAAUCAUUAAUCAGGUGGGUGAAGGUCUUGAUUAUUUACAUAGAACCCAAAAGGUCCUCCAUCGUGAUAUCAAGCCUAACAAUAUUAUGGUUGAUGAAUUUGAUGAAGAUAAUUCAAAGAUUUCAGUUGCUAUUGGAGAUUUUGGAGUUUCAAAACAAGCUACUACUGCUCACACUUUUACAGGAACAAUUUAUUAUGUUUCACCUGAAUUAUACGCUGGUUCAAAGGAUACUUCAUAUCCAACUGAUAUAUUUUCAUUUGGUGUCACAAUGUACUUGAUCAUAUGCAACCAUUUUAACAAUAUGAGACAAGGUAUUACUCAAUUAUCAAUGGUUGAAGGUUAUGAUAAGGUUAUGGAUAAGGUUAGAAAGGAGUUGAAUGCUACAGGUAUCAAAGAUGAUAUUACUGAAUUGGUAAUGAAAAUGUUAUCUAAGGAACCUGGAGAAAGACCACUCGCUGAAGAAUUAGCCAAUUUCUGUAAGAUUAAUGUUUGUUAA